AUAAACACAACAAAACAGAGCCAGACUAGUUGUGUCGUUUGUGUGUAACUGUAAACCCACACAAUAGAAACAAACACAGCAUGGCGUUUAGAAACGCACCCUAUCAUUGAUGUGGUCAACUCAGAUCUGGUUUUAAACGCUUCAAAACACGCGUGACAGUAAACCGUGAGUUGAACCACAACGUUUAUUAAAAUGUGUUUUUUAAAAAGUCCGUUUUAAUGGAUUCAGUAUACGUUUAUGAAAUCAACAGCAGUCCAACACUAGUUUAGUUGGUAAAUCCAACUUUACUUUAUGAAUCAAAUCAGAUGACAACGCUAAUCUUUAUUUUAUUUUGUUUUUGAAAUGACCAAGGCCUGUCCCUGCGCGAAUCAAUCACGUGGUUUGUCGCAGGCGUAAUUCAAUCCGGAUCGGUGUAAUUGAUGUGAAGUGGCUCCCAUGUGAAAAUGCACACUUUAUAUGCCGUCUGUGAGGCGCAUUUUGCUGCUCCGUUUUCUAAGCGAGAGUCCACGCUGCUGUUUUAACGAAUAAGUGAAUGGUGGGCUUCGCAGGCCCAUUUAGUGCACUUUCCCAACUGGUUUGUUUGAUCCUUUGAUGCGGAUUGAAGUGGGUUCGGUUGGUUGGUGGGAGUUAUAUGCGAGAACCUCUACUCACACCAGGAUCAAACCUAGUGAACAGAGGAAGGUGUCUCUGCACUGUCUCACCUCCAAACACAGGGCUUGUCACACACACACACACACACACACACACACACACACAAUACAGUGACGCGCACACAGCAGACAAGAACACCUUAAUGUCCCAUACACACAACAGCACAGCACAGAGACAAUGGCUAAAAGACAAAGACAACGCCAAAACAUGACCAUCUGCAUAUCAGGGCCGCAGCGGGAGAGCAGCCCCAGAGAGAUGGACGCAGCGGGAGGACAGAUUGGGGAUCAGAUGAUCCUGGAGGAAGAGUACGAUCCAAAUUACAUCCCCACGGAGCAAGAGAUCCGGGACUAUGCCAGGGAGGUGGGAAUCGACCCUGACAAGGAGCCCGAGCUGAUGUGGCUGGCCAGGGAGGGCAUUGUGAUGCCGCUGCCGUCGGAGUGGAAGCCAUGUCAGGACGUGACCGGGGAAGUGUACUACUUUAACUUCAGCUCAGGGCAGUCCACCUGGGAUCACCCCUGUGACCUGCAGUACCGCAGCCUGGUGGCCGCAGAGAGGGAGAAGCUGCAGGCCAAGGGGCUUGGACAGAAAAAGGACAAGAAGAAGAAGAAGGACAAGAAGGAGAAGAAAGAGAAAAGAGAGAAAGAGAAAGAGCUGGUGAGACCCCCUGCGCCUGUGCUGUCAGCACUGGCCCCUGUGCAGGCUCCUCUGGGGUCCCUGGCUCCACUCCGUGGUCUGCUGGACUCUUCAGCGUCCACGCUGCGUGGAUCCGCGGGCAGCUCAGGAGGGCUGGAGCCCCUGCGAUCGUCGCAUGGGCUGCCCCGGACAGGGCUGGGCUCCAGUCUGCUGGGAGUGAGGCAGGAGGAGAAGGUUUCCCUGUCGCUGCUCGGGUUUGAGGAAGAGGAGGACAGAGUCUCUGAGGGAGGGAGUCUGCGUGGGACGGCCCGGCUGCUGCAGAACUUGCACAUGGACAUAGGAUCCCUGGGAGCCGGGUUCGAGUACGAGGACAGUGAGAGCGGAGGGACGCCCCCCCAGAGCGCCCCCCCAGAGGAGCCCACCGAGCCAGAGCUGCAGGACCUGCGCGCCUCUGAGGACGAAGAGGGGGACAGCCUGCGAGAGGGCGCUCUGAAGGCGAACCCCUGCUCAGCAGCUGGGAGCCAGACUUCCACCGCAGACUGCCGCAGCGAUGGGGUCUGCCCUCCCACCCCUGACAAAACAGGACCAGGCAGCGAGAGAUCGCCCCCUGCAGGGCUGGAGGACAGAGACACGGGCAGCGAGGUAGAGGAGGAAGAGGAGGCGGAAGUGAACCCCGAAACUGGAAACGCUGGGGGAAAGGAGGCCGGAGAAAUAAGUGUGGAUUCUGGGGAGGUGAAAGAGAGAGGACCGCCUCAAGACAGGAAGAAACCCUCUCUUUCCAAAGAUGUGUGGGGAGCUGGGAGGAGGGAAAGGGCUCCCAUGGAUUCUAUGCUGGAGGAGAGGGGGGAGAGCAAGGAGAUGAGACCGGAGCCAGACCGGGAGGGAGAGGAGAGCCCGGGGGUGUCUGAGCAGGAGAAGCCAGAUGGAGGAAGUGUCGAGAUGGAAGGGGCUGGGGAGGGACGGGGAGAGAUGGAAGGAGCCAGCAGCGUCUCCCACUCUGAUUGCGGGGAGUCAGAGGAGCUGAUUAUAGAGAGAGGAGGGGACAGGAACACCUCCAAGGAGCCUGGAACUGUCACCCUGGUAACCCAGCCCAAAGAGGAUUCCGAGGCCAGCGAACACAUCAAGGAGCUGAGGGUAUCCCUGCACUCUGAGGAGGAGGAGUCCAGAAAACACAAGGUAAUCCCCCGCUCCCACUCCCCUGCACAUUGACUCACUCCCCCCGCUCUCACUCUCCUG